GUCGCGUAAUGGUCAAAGUGCGCAGCAGAGAUGAGUUUGUCAUCGCAGAUUGUUACAUGUAGUCUCGCGCCGGAAGAGUCCCACGUUAUGUACUAUAAAAUGGGCAACGUCAACUGCAGGCCACAUCAUCUUUCCAGAGUACCAUUUGCGAACAACAGACCAACACAAUGCAUAGCCUUGGAUUAUUCACCAUCAUAGCGCUCAUAUCAUCUCUCCAUGUCUCAUUCGGGGUUCCAACCAAACAGGGAAAAUGGACUCCUCUUGCAAACAUUACAGUGGCCCCUCGACAGGAGCACACAACUGUAUUCCUUCCACCAAGCACCAUAGCCAUACUCGGAGGAAUCGUACCGGACGGUGACUCCAUUGCCACGACCGAUUUGGUGCAGUCCUACUCGAUCCCGGAUAACACCUGGAAGACCGUAGCGCCAGUACCCAGACCCAUCAAUCAUGUCAACGCGGCUGUGGUCAAUGGAAAGAUCUACGUUCUCGGUGCUUUGGCGGAUGCAUCGGAUGGAUCGAGAUCCUGGACCGCUGUGGGAGACUCAUGGCUCUAUAACCCUGAAAGUAACCGCUGGAACGCCAUCCCGCCAAUGCCGCCGGGGCAGGAGGCGGGUAGUGCUGCUGUUGGGGUAUACGAUGGGAAGAUCUUUUUGGCUGGAGGUAUGAAGUUGCUGGAACUUGAAGGCGAAAGAAGACAGGAUACCGUCGACACUGUUUCUGUAUAUGAUACCAAGUCCUCCAAGUGGCUUGAUGUUCCUGAAGCGGCAAAGAGGGUCCCUGGGAGGCGCGAUCAUGCAGGAGCUGCGGUCGUCGGGAACAAGUUCUAUGUCCUAGGCGGGAGGAACCGAGGGCAAGUCAACGUCAAGGACGAAGUGUUCAUCCUGGACCUCCGCAACAUUGAGAAGGGUUGGACGACUAGCAGCGCAAGGAUGCCCACUGCUCGAGGCGGAGUAGCUGCUGGACGGAUUGGGAAUAAGGUCUACACGUUUGGCGGGGAAGGCAACCAACAACUCGAAUCCGGCGUUUUCAAUGAGACCGAGGUGUAUGAUGCAGUUCGUGAUUCCUGGGAGAAGCUUGUGCCCAUGAGAGUACCACGCCAUGGCUCCUAUGCGGUGGGAGUUGGGAAGGACGUGUAUGUCCCGGGAGGCGGUCUUCUUUUUGGUGGGGCUCCAACGGCAUACUUUGACAAGUUCACUCCUUAAGAAGGCCGAUGUUGUAGUUGAGGUUUCAAUGGUAGGACCUUGAAAUGGCAUGCGGUUCUCAAGUCUCCUUUACACAUCUCCCAGGUAUCUCUACAAAGCAAUUGGUUAAGGCCUGACCAGUUUUAGCAUUUUACGGAGAAGAUUGUAGGUAGGGGUGCAGGAGCGCCUCUGAAGCCAUUGGCCUCUUGCUGGGGUCUA